AUGUCACAAUCAAAUUCAUUAAAUCUCUUGAAAAGAGAUUCAGAUUUAAAUUGGUAUACAUUUCAUCAAGUUACAGCGUUUUAUAUCUUGGAAUUAACUGCAAGUGCUAUUAGUGUUAUAGUUGGUACGUUGGCCUUAAUAUUAUGGUUUCGUAUGGAUCCUUCAAGAAGAGUUAUAUUCAGAUUAGAAUUAUUAUUAGUCUUAAUCUUAAGUGAUUAUUUUAAAGCUAUAUUUAUAUUAUGUUUUGCUGCAAAUAAUUUAUUUAAUUUAAAUCAAUUAUCAAUUAAUGAUCAUCAUAUUAUUGCUGGUUCUUUACAGGUUUAUAAUGAUCAAAUUAAAUAUUGUGAUGGUUGGGGUUAUUUGAAAAGUAUGGCAACUAUAUGUUCUGAUUUAACUAUAAUGAUGUUGACUAUUCAUAAUGCUUUAAUGAUUUUUAAACCAAAUUUAUCCAAAAUAUAUACCAAAACUCCAAUGAAUUUUACUAAAACAUUGGUGAAAUUUUGGAGAUAUUUGGUGAAAAAGGAUAUAACUUUUAAACAAAUAUUCAAAACACACCCUAAAGAUCAAAUAACUGUUAAUGAAGGUGGUAUUUAUCCAUUAAGAUGUAUAGUUGUCAUAGUUAUCUUUUUAAUCUCUACAAUUGUUUCAUCAUUAAUAUUUGUUAAUGGUGGUCAUUAUGAAUAUAAUUUUGCAUGUUCUGCACCAUUAAGACCAGUAUGGAAAGGUUUAAUUGCAGGUUGGAUUAUAAGAUAUGUUAAUUUAAUUUCAAUUGUCUUAGUUUAUACAAUCAUAAUCAUAUAUUUAAAAUUAAACCUUAUGGGUAUUGAAAAGGGUAAAAAAUUAUUAUUACAACCAACAACUUCUGAUCCAUUACAACAAAAUAAUCAUGUACAAAGAACAAAUUUACAAAAAGAAUUAAUGGAUAUAACUCAAGAAACUAAUGCAAAAAGAAGAUCAAGUGUUGAAAAAGAAUUAAAAUCAUUCGCCAUUUAUCCCAUUGGUUAUUGUUUAUUAUGGAUAACACCUGCUAUAUCAGAAAUUUAUGGUUAUGUUUUCACUGCAACUCCUGUUGUAUUAUUAUCAUUUGUUGCAUUUAUGACUCCAUUAAAUUGUACUGUUGAUACUAUAAUAUUCAUUGUACGAGAAAAACCAUGGAAUGCAACAUCAUCAAAAUUCAAAAAUUUUAAUAAAUCAGUACCUAAUUAUAAUAAUUUUAAUCAAGGAAGACCGUUUGAUGAAGAACAAGGUCAUGUUGAGGUUCAUGAUGAUAAUCCUCAUUAUAGAAAAGAUUCAUGGGCAAGUUCCACAAUAUCAAAUUUUAAACAUUUAAUAACUUUGAAAAGACCUUCAGAAACUAAAACUAUUCAAGAAUUAAAAGAUGAUGAAGAGCAAAAACAACGUCAUGAAACUAAUUUAAGUUCAAACUCUGAUGAAACUGCUGUUAAUCCAGUUCCACAUGGUCAAGCACAGGGCCCACUUGGUAUUGGUACUUCUGGUAUUGAUGCUUCUGUUAAUGAUGAAAGUGAUGGAAUUGAUAUGAUUGAUUUUUUGAAUGGAAGGUUUUAG